UUAAAGUGAAUUAAAAACUGAAAACCUAUUUUAAACCCUGUAUUUUAUGCUGCCUAUUAAAGAUUGGUAGAAAAAAGGAAGACACAUUUUAUUAAUAUACAUUUUGUAGAUUUAAUCGUAAGUAGUGAUAUCAGUUGAUACUAAUUGCCAUGGAUACCAACAAACUAAAUAGAGAACUAGACAUACUUGGUUAUAGUGUUGGUAUUAGAAAAAUGAAACAGAAAACACAAUUAAUGGCAGAAUAUCUCGAAGAACGUUUCGUGCAGAGGAAAUGUAUUAUCAGUGGAAGCUUAUCAGAAGGGUCCUCGUUAGAUGGAAGUGACGCUGAUAUUAUGGAUGUAGUGCAAGGAUUAACUGUUUAUGAAGACAAGGAACACAGAGGUAGUUAUGGUCUUUCGCUACCCAUUUAUAUUUCAAGAAAUGGAUGCAGUUCGGGAUAUUGUAGUUUGAAAGUCAAAAAUAAUGACUUUUAUUUGUUUAAAGAGCACACUUGGAAAGAUCCAGAUAUAUCCAUGCAUAAAGUAGAUAUAUCUGAACUAAUCAAGAGUGAUAAUAAUGAGUGUUUUAUCUCGAGUAAACUUUUUCGUGAGAAAAUACUCCCAUCUGUAUAUAUUCUUGGAAAACAAAAAGAAUCAACAUUUACAAGUAAUGGACCAGCGAUGACUUACGAUAAAACAGACACAGUCAAAUGUUUAAAAAUAAAGCAAUGGCCUGUCGAAGCAAUUACAUGGAGAACGCGUGAGAGAAAGAGCGAUUGGCCGAGCAAAACGAUGUUACAUUCAUUAGAAAGAGACGUUUCCUGUUAUUUUGUUCCGAUUGGUAGCAAAUUUUCUAGAGACCAAGACAUGGAAUGGAGGAUUUCAUUCACAGAAAUUGAAAGAUAUCUGAUAUGGAGCAUGAAUGAUACACAAUUCAAAUGUUUUGUACUACUGAAGGCACUUAACAAACAGUUCAUGAAAGACAUAAUAUCGUCUUAUCAUAUUAAAAAUGUUGCACUGUGGCUUUGCGAAGAAUGUCCUGAAACUGUUUGGAGAAGUGAGUUAUUGGUAGAUUGUGUUCGAAAGGGUCUUCUAAAGUUAGCCGAAUACGUUAAACAAGGUUUUCUGCCACAUUAUAUCAUACCGGAAAAUAAUCUUUUCCUCGAUAAAGGUCAUACUGAAAAAGAGGAAGCGACAAAGUUAAUAAAUGUUGUUCUCCAAACCCUUGACAUUAAAGUUAACUCAUUGACAAAUUUGCUUUACCAAGAUGUGAAAUAUUGUAUUGAUUCAAUGCACAGCAUUAACGGAAAAAGACUUCAAAAAUACAAUUCCCUUGAACAAUCUCAUUCUCUUAUAGAAUAUUCCAAAAGAUGUUAUUUUGCAUUAUCGUUAGUCAAACAUCAUUAUAAUGAUUGUGAAUCAGUUUGUAAAGGCAUAAAAGAAGUUUUUGGCAAAGACGGCGAAGAAAUUUGCCCUGUAUACGUUUCCCUUCUUUACUUCAGAGCCAGGGAGUUUUUCCGUCAAAACCGGGGAAAUUUUGUUAAUCAAAAAAUGUUUUAA